GAUUGUCAUUUGUUUCACGCAAGGAAGACAUCACGUAGUUCACGUACACACGUUACUAUUUUUUCUAACGCUAUAUAUUACGAUUCACAGCAAAUCUAUUGCUCAUUCAUAAGACAACUUAGUGUUCGCGCAGUUAUUGUUUCGCCAAGACAGCCGUAAGCGUCUUACAAUAAUAUUGAUUACUCGCGUAAGUACAAGCUCGGAGCAAAGAACGGAAGAUCUCAAUCAAGCAAGGGUAUAAAUUUGACCGCAAUCCACAAUGAAUACCCUAAAGAGCGGCGAUAAUGUUUUAGUUAUUUGGAAAGGUAGCGAACAAAAUGACUUGAGCAAAACAGUGGCUGACAUUCAAAGUGCGACCAACAAUGGCAAUGUCGUUCUGGAAAAUUCUGAAAUGAUUACUGAAACUUCAAGGCCCCAGUCAUCUUUCAACGUCAUAUUCUCAAAUAUUGUGCCUCCACACUCUGUCACCCACAAUGACAGUCUUCUGGCAACCCUCAUCAAACUCCUCAAGCCAAGCGGCAAGUUGGUGGCAAAGGAUGCUUCGGAUAUCACCACAGCUCUUAAACUGAACGGGUUCCUCAACGUCACACAAGCUGAUGGUGUUUAUACUGCUGAGAAGCCAAAAUUCGAGGUAGGAUCAAAAGCACAGAUAAAACUGGGCAACAAGCCAGCAGUAUGGAAACUCGAUGAUACCGUGGAAGCAGCUUGGACGGGAGGCAAUGAUGAUGAGAUCAUUGACUCCGACCAGCUGUUAGAUGAAGAUGAUCUCAAGAAGCCUGAUAAAGAAUCAUUGAGAGUGUGCGCCACAACGGGCAAGCGGAAGGCGUGUGCUGACUGCUCUUGCGGUUUGGCUGAGGAGUUGAAUGGACAAGUUAAGGAGACUCCCAAGUCUUCUUGUGGCAGUUGUUACCUUGGCGACGCGUUCCGUUGCGCGACCUGCCCGUACCUCGGCAUGCCAGCAUUCAAGCCCGGAGAGAAAGUCCUACUCGACCUUAAGUCCGACAUCUGAAGAUAUUGUUGUGAUUAUUGAUAAUAAACUCUUUGUAAGUA